AUGUCCUCGAUGUGCACUUCGAGUCCUUCUCCCUCUGCGCAGGCGUGAGCUGUGCACAUGGAAACGAGCGGCAGCAGACGACACUGUUCGUCUCACACAGCUUUCUGUCAGGCAUUCAACGAGCGCACAGUCUCCCAUAUACGGUCCUCGCUGCCGCUCCCGCUCUCUUCCAGCAACAUCCCUCACUUCAACAUCCCAAGCUGCUACCUCAACACCCUCCACAUCGUCCGAUGCGGGACUUGCAGCUGUCCAAUCAUUCUCUGACCUGUCAGAUGCGCGGCACGACCAUUCUCGGCAGAAUAAAGAGGAUGCCAUUUGCAAGUCGCGAGAUGCGCGUCUUGACGGGCAUGGCUUGAGAGAGGAUGGAGGCUGGAAAGGCAGUUCGGACAAAAAACGGUCGGUCAAGGCCAAGGACGUAGCGAGGAAAGAACAACUUCAGCAGAGCAUUGUGCCGACCUUAUAUUUAUCCAGCACAGCUUCGUCGCAGCAGCAGCAGCAUUCAUUCGAUUUGCAUUCCGAAAUCACGGUCAAAGGACUUCGAUACAUGUGUCAAGAACACGCUUCUUCCGAAUUCCUCUCCUCUUUUCAAAUAUUCGACAAGUUGCUCGAAUUCGUUGGUGAUCGUUGGAAGGAGAAUUUGGUCAGGCCUGCAAAGAUACAGGAAGCUUUUAGGUUGAUGGGUGGGUUUGCGAGGGAAGAGGGGCAAGUGAUGAGCAUGUAUGCGUUGAUGAGGCGGGUGGCCAGAGCUAUGAGUCAGCCGUUGCUGGUAGGAGAUGGUGCGGAUGAUAUGGGUGAGUCGGUAGGGUGUGAUGCUGUGCUGUGCUCGCCGGGGCGAUGGGACGAGAGGAUGCCUGACUUGUUUGGGCUCAAAUCUCGAAUGGUGAACGACUGACUGGAGCAUCCCGUCUGCCUGCCUGCUCCCGACAGUGGAGAGCCUGUGCACCCUCGGCUUUCCAGAAUUGGCAUUGGAUGCUCAGCUCAAAGAGGGCGACGGAAGCUGCGCGAUAGGCUGGAACAUGUCCAGAUUGUACUUUGCAGUCUCCACAAUGUUUGUCAAAGCUUCUACUGGCAAGUACGGAGAUCAAGAUCUGCUCAACAGCGCAGGAUUGCCCGGCAUGCCAGACGCUCAAGAUGCCGACGAAUUUCUGGAGAGGAUAUUCCAAACCAAUGGAGGAGAUCCGAGGACCGUGCGGUCAAUCUUUAGUCGAGAGGUCACUUCACAUCCUCCCGACGUAGUGGACGCGAUGCAGGGAGGAUGGAUGAGCGCUACGCCUGUCCGAAAGACGGCAGAGAGCGUGCAAGAUUUCGAAAAGAGAACGGCUAGACUUGGGAUGUUUCGAAGAUUGGUGCCGUUGGUGUACGUCAGUCCUUCGGUCAGGUUGGAACAUCGAACAUCCGCGUUCGAGCCGUACGAUCCCUAUAUUCUUCUGAUCAGCUGCGCGACACUCAUCCAAGCCGAUCCAGCGCGCAAGAGACUGAUCCACAGGAUGCUCAGGGCUCUCAACGACUCGAUCAUUGCGUACGGCAAUUAUUCGAAAGCGCAAGAAAGAAAUGUGAGGGAUAGUUGGAAGGCCAUGAGGAGAUCUCGACAGAACAUUUUGACUUUUGAAAAGGCUUGGGGUAUUGUCAAACGUUGGAUGGAUGAGAACGAUACGAGCACGGAUAGGGAAGCGUGGAGGAAGGGCGACUGGUUCGUGUCGAGGGACUUCUUUCUGGCCAGGUUUCAAGAUUAUCCGCUCUGCAGGAAGAGCGAAGCUGUCGUCAGUAGACUGUGGAAAUCGACGUGAGUUUCGACGACGAAUAUCUUCCGGGAUGAAGUACGGUAUCUAGGGGCGUAUAUGUAGCAUAGUCACCAUCAUCACACCUGUAUGCAUCAGACAUCGUAAUACAUCCAAUGUUGUAAUCGCGUACGACAUGCCGUGUAAAGCGCACCAGCUGCUCUCCGGACGGCUCUGUUCUCGCUCGAAAUGCACCCGGCCAUUUGCAAUGGUAGACUGCGGAUCUGA